UCCCUCUCUAUUUUGGACUGUCAGAGGGGGCAGGGUGACUCAAAGAGUUGACCUCUUUCUGCCGGCCCUGCUUUCUUCUCCCUCUUUCGUCGAUAUUUCAAGAUAAAACAUUGAAAACUUUUGGGUAUUUCUUGUUCCUGAAAUUACAACUCCGAAAGAAACCUAAAAAGCUGUUUUUUCCUCUCUGUGUGUGGAUAUUUUCUCAUGUAUUUCCAGACCUUGUGUGAUCCAUCUGGAGUACCUUUUUGCCUUUUCUCAAUCAAGCGGAACCCAAAAAGGAUUUAACAAAGGAGUUUAUUAUUUGUUUCUAUGGUAACUCUGCAUUUCCAGAACCUCUGAGGACCAAAGGGUUAUCAUUUAACGUCCAGCAAACGCAAAGAUUAAGCUCCGUCCUUCCAUGAGCCAUCAGAGCAGCAGCGGGGAGGCAGCCUCUCCAUCAAAGUCAAGUCAGAGGACGUUUUUGGAUGACAUCAUGUUAACCUUCAGCAACCCCAUGGCCUGGCUGCUGAUUGUGGCCCUGAUCAUCACGUGGUCAGCAGUAGCCGUUGUUUUGUUCGAUCUGCUUGAUUACAAGACUCUAACCGACUACACAUCAUACUGUGACGACCCCGUGUGUUUAUCACCUGACAAUGUCAGACAUGGAAGAGCAGGUCUCCCACCUCCUUCUGCCAUUGCCAGAAAAGCUAUAAGGUCUAGAGGUGGGGCUCGAGUUGUAAAAUCAAGAUCGGCUGAAAUUCAUGGUGACACUACGGCUCACGAGGGAAAUGACUGGCUGGACAUGAUGUGGACGUUUGUAAUCAGUUUGGUCGCUCCUGAUGAAGAAGAGGAAGGUAUUCAUCAGCUCACUGAAACCUUCACAUCCAUGCACUCAGAGGAGCUCUGAAGAAGGACUGCGUUGAAAGAGCGUCUAAAAAAGAGAAGGAUAAGAGGCAGUGAGAGGAAGCUGUUAUUGUUAAUAUUAUCACGCUAACACUAUGUACUAACUUUCUUUUUUUCUCUCAAACUGUAAUUUGACCAAUAAAAUCUACCAUAUUGAUAACUUUA